AUGGGUAAAAGGUUUUCUGAGUCAGCAGCUAAGAAGGUUGCAGGUCAAGCUAGGAAACGUGAGCAGGAAGCUGCUAAGCAGAGAGCUGAGCAUGAGAGGAUGGAGGCUGAAGAAGCUGCUAAAUGGGAUCAAGGGUCCCGCAAGGUCAGCCAGAAGAAACUUGAAGAAGAGCAGAAGAAAAUGGACAAGUUGAAGGCUAAAUCUGAAAGGGAUGCCUUGUUGGCAGCUGAGGAAGAACAACUUGGUAAAGGUGGUAAAGGGAAGAGGAAAUAA